GCCGGAGUGGAGGGGGUGGCUUUGGGAGAAGGUGAGUGUGGUUGCCAUGUUGGGAGUUUUAGGGUACUUUUGUUGUGAGGUAUGUUGAAGGAGUUUGCAUAGGGAAAGCCGUCGCUGGGAGUUCGGCGGAAGUAAGUAAGUAAGUAAGUUUGGACUCGACGUAGGAAGAGUAGAACGUCUUCUACGAUUCUGAGGCGGGCUUGUUUAGUUGUUUGUGCUAGGCUUCAAAAGGAAAAGGUCCUGUUCCUAACCGAGAAGCCAGUACCAUGAGCGGCGGGGCGCCUUACAUCGGGAGCAAGAUAAGCCUUAUUUCUAAGGCUGAGAUCCGCUACGAGGGGAUCUUGUAUACUAUCGACACCGAAAAUUCCACUGUGGCGUUAGCCAAGGUUCGUUCCUUUGGUACGGAAGAUAGACCAACUGAUAGACCUAUACCGCCUCGUGAUGAAGUCUUUGAGUAUAUUAUAUUCCGUGGCAGUGACAUUAAAGAUCUGACUGUCUGUGAGCCACCAAAGCCUCAGUGUUCUUUGCCACAAGACCCUGCUAUUGUUCAGUCUUCAUUAGGAUCUUCGACUACAUCUUCGUUCCAGAAUGUGGGGUCCUAUGGUCCUUUUGGGAGAAUGCCUGCUUACAGUCAAUUUAGUCCAAGCCCUCUGGUGGGGCAGCAGUUUGGUGCUGUUGGAGUUGCAGGAGAUUCUUUAACAUCUUUUGGAACAGGUUCUUCAGCCAGCACUAGCAUGUCUGAAAGCACUGCAGUUGGUUCUUCAUUUACAACAGAUGCAAGAUCACUAAAACCACAAAUGUCUCAAGGUCGUUCAAGCCCUCAGAUAGAUCAUUUGAGAAGGAGCCCCACCAUGGAACAAGCAGUACAAACAGCUUCAGCCCACUUGCCUACUCCAGCACCACUUGGGAGGAGUCCUGUACCAGCCAGGCCUUUGUCUGCUAGCCAAAAAUCAUUAGAGAAUCGGGAGCACAGACGAGUUCCAGGUGGACUUGCAGCACGGAGAGGCCGUGGAAGUCACAGAGGGGGUCGAGGAAGAUUUGGUAUUCGGAGGGAUGAUCUAAUGAAGUUUGAGAAGGACUUUGACUUCGAAAGUGCAAAUGCACAAUUCAACAAGGAGGAAAUUGAUAGAGAAUUUCAUAAUAAACUUAAACUAAAAGAAGAUAAACUUGAGAAACCAGAGAAGCCUGUAAAUGGAGAAGACAAAGGUGACUCAGGUGUUAAUAAUCAAAAUAGUGAAGGUAAUGCAGAUGAGGAAGAUCCACUUGGCCCCAACUGCUACUAUGACAAAACCAAAUCCUUUUUUGAUAACAUCUCCUGUGAUGACAAUAGAGAACGGCAACCCACCUGGGUUGAGGAAAGAAGGCUAAAUGCAGAGACCUUUGGGAUACCACUACGUCCCAGUCGUGGCCGUGGAGGGUACAGAGGCAGAGGGGGGAUUGGCUUCAGAGGUGGAAGAGGACGAGGAGGUGGAAGAGGUGUCUUCACUGCCCCUCGAGGAUUCCGUGGUGGAUUCAGAGGAGGUCGUGGAGGCAGGGAGUUUGCUGACUUUGAAUAUAGGAAAGACAACAAGGUUGCUGCAUAAUCUGCACAAAGUUGAAACUGGUUGAACGUCUAGAUCUACUUGAUCCAGAGAAUUAACUUCAGUCUCCACAAAGAAUGAAGUUAACUUGCUGUAUACUUGUCACCAGCACUGGGAUUUAACUAUUUAAUUUCAAAGGGUAUAAUGCUUUGAAAACUUUUGAAAAAUGGCCAUCUUUGAAAACAGUGAGCAUUAACUAUAUUUGAGACAAAAGGAUGAGUAAUUUCUUAUGUAUAGUUAAUUAUAAAGCAGUACUUUGAUGGGGUUUAUUUUUUCAUCCUUAAAAAGAUUUUUCUUAUGACUAAACUGUAUCUGAAGCAAUUAUCAACUUGUAAGGACAGUUGUAUGCAGAAGGCCGUUGAUACUGUGAGUGUUUCGACCCACUGAAGGUUUGUUGGUUUGUUUUGUUUGUUUUUUUUUUUUUU